AUGACUGAGUGUUUCCUGCCCCCCACCAGCAGCCCGGCGGAGCAGAGGCGGACAGAGCACCCGGGUGCAGUGGCCCGCACCCCCAGCUCAGAGGAAAUCAGUCCGACCAAGUUCCCUGGACUGUACCGCACCGGAGAGCCCUCCCCUUCUCACGAUGGACACCACCACGAGCUGCCCGACGUGUACGUGUCUGAUGACGACAAAGAGCACAGCAAGAAGAAGAAUAAGUUCAAGAAGAAGGAGAAGAGAACCGAGGGGUACGCGGCCUUCCAGGAGGACAGCUCCGCGGACGAAGCAGAGAGUCCGUCCAAAAUGAAACGCUCCAAAGGCAUCCAUGUGUUCAAGAAACCUAGCUUCUCCAAGAAAAAGGAGAAGGACUUUAAGGUGAAGGAGAAAGUCUCCAAAGAGGACAAGUCCAAGGAUAAGAAGUCCAAAGACCUGACGGCAGCAGAUGUAGUCAAACAGUGGAAGGACAAGAAGAAGAAGAAGAAGCCGGGUGUGGAGCUAGACCCCUCUGUGGCUGCGGCUGUGGUGGUGGAGGUGCCCACGGUACGGCCAGUGUUUGGAGCUCCUCUAGGGGAAGCUGUGAAGCGGACGGCCCUUUACGAUGCCGUCCAGCUGCCUGCCGUGUUCAGGGAGUGCGUGGACUACAUUGAGAACUACGGCAUGAAGUGUGAAGGCAUCUACAGGGUCUCAGGCAUGAAGUCAAAAGUGGAUGAGCUGAAAGCUGCGUACGACCGCGAGGAGUGCCCGUGUCUGGAGGAGUAUGACCCUCAUACGGUAGCCUCCCUCCUGAAGCAAUACCUCCGCGAACUCCCGGAGAACCUGCUGGGCCGCGACCUGGGCCAGCGCUUUGAGGAUGCGUGUGGGCGCUCCCUGGAGGCCGAGAAAGUUGCAGAGUUUCAGCGGCUCCUGUCCGAGGUGUGUCCUGGGAGCUUCUUGCUGCUGUCCUGGCUGAUCACGCACAUGGAUAACGUCAUCGCCAGAGAAGCUGACACCAAGAUGAACAUCCAGAACAUCUCCAUCGUCCUCAAUCCAACCAUACAGUCUGUUUGGAUGGAACGGUUCCCACAAAUUUUCUCUGCAGCCAUUACUCAUUUCUUCCUCCUCAUCUCCUCCUCUCUCUGUGCGACAGGCAUGUGUAACCCCAAAAACUACAGUGACUCUCCGGCCACCUCCAAGAGCACCGUGGAGGAGCUGCACCGGCCCAUCCCCUCGCUGUUCCGCGCUCUGACAGAGGGAGACACGCCCAUAAACAUGAUGGUCUGGUCCUUUCCUGUGGCCGAGGAGCUGUCGCACCAUGAGAACCUGGUGUCCUUCCUGGAGACUCUUGAGAACCAGCACCAAAACGUGUCACUGCCCGGAAACAGUAUACAUGCCAACUAUGACGGGCAAGAGAGCAUGUGCACGGUGGUGUACUUUGAUGACUGCGUCCCAUCCAUCAGUGUAAGCAGUACUGCGAGUCUAUGGGAGGAUCUAAGUAUCGCUGGUUCCACAACGCCUGCUGCCAGUGCAUUGGCCCUGAAUGCGUGGACUAUGGGUCUAAAGCCGUCAAAUGUAUGA